AUGGAGAGCAUGCAGGACUUAAUCCCCUUUGCCAAAGAGCUGCUCAGUCAGAAACCAACUCGGAACMUGGUGAAAAUCUAUAUGCUGGGCUCCCUUUUUGCAGUGCUGGGCACAGCCAUCGGCCUGGUUGAAACCCUGUUGCACCCCUUUUCCUCUGGGGAGCCACUGGACUCAGAGAUGUUCCUUCUGUUGGCCCGAGAGCAGAGAGAAAGAGAGACACAAACCAGGCYRGGAGGCAGGGWRGAKGAGGAGUGGGAACAGGAGCUUGCUCAAGAAAGCAUGACCAGGACCCACAAUUUAAUCCCAACCAAGACGCAUAAACUGAGCCACCGCAGCCUGGCUAACCGCCUGCAUGCUUCCUAA